AUGGACCCAAGCUCUUAUAAAAAUUUUCCCGUGUUCUAUUUGAAAAAAGAAGAUCCAAAAAAUGUGGAGAAUAACAAUUUCACUCCAAACUUAAAUGAACUGGAAGAAUACAUUAAUAGUUGUUUCAAUUUCUUACCAUACGAAGAACUAAUAGUUGACAAUAAGAGGAAAUUCACAGUCGAAGGACUUUGUCAUUUUUUUGUUUUUUACAAUUGUGAUAAAUUAAUAUGCUCAAUAAUAGAAAAACAAUGUAAAAUUAAAACAUUACUUUUUUUCAACCACUUGGACGUCAAAAUAGAAAAUAAAUGUUUUAAAAAUGGGGAACAUUUUCUAAAACAUUUUGUACAAAUAUGGAAUAACUUUUCCAUAGUUAUAGUACAUUUAGAAGAUUUAUUGAAAUCAUUCAAGAUGUAUAAUAAAAUUACACUCUCCAAUUUUGAAUGCCCCUCUUAUAUAUUUAAUACAUUGUGGAAAAAAUAUAUAAAUACUUUUACCUAUGUAAAAAUUAUACUCAUUCGUAGUGCUUGUGAUUAUUUGAAAUAUGACAAAAUAUUUUGCGAAUCGAAGUUUUAUGAGUAUAUAUGUCUUAAUAUUAAUGAGGAAGAUUCCGAAUGUAAAGAAGUUGAGUAUGAACGAGGAGUUCCAUUUUCUACCCCUAAGGAGGAAGAAAAAGAUAAAUCAAAUGGAAACCUUAACAGCACUGGAUUGAAUGACUUUCAAUAUGCUCAUACUAUUGUCAGUAUGGAUAAUCCAUUCAAAAUCGAGAAAAAUAUGAACAACGACUAUACCAACACUAAUAGCUAUGAUAAUUUAAAGAGAUACUCCGUUUCCUUCAAGAUGGAAGAAGACGAAAGAGGAAAUUUCUGUGAAAACACAAGUGAGCAAAAAAAAGUUAGAGAUGGUACCCAGAAAGGAGACAUCAAUGAAGGCUAUUGUGUUAGCUCCCCCUUUUUGAUGAAUAUCGAUAAUGGAAUAGAAAACGGAAAGAAUGAUAGUGAGCACAGCAAUAUUAUAAGCAACGUUUUGAACAAUGGAAAUGAUAUGAGAAAAGACAAAACAGAUAAUAUAAAAAAUAUAGAUGACAAACUUGUUACCGCAGGCCUGAAAAUUAUAAACAUGCUGGACAUUUAUGACGAGUUUGAGGAAAGUUACAAAAAAGACACGUAUUAUUAUUAUCAUGAGAAAAUAAAGACACUUGUAAUGAAUGGAGGCAGUACCUCACGGAAAGAUAUAUGUCCAGAUUUUGAAAUGAAUAUUCAUAACCUGCCCACGGAAAUUGAAAAUUGUCUGUGUCAUGAACAAAUACGAUGUCGUAAAUUUUUUAAAGAAGAAACAGAAAUAUCUAUUUUGAAAAAGUUAAAAGAAAUAUUAAUCGUAAGAUAUAAAGAUAUACUAUUUAAAGAUACACAUAUAAAGCAUUAUAUUAUGAAUGAAAAAUAUGAUUGCUUGAGGGUGUUAUAUUUAUUUUCUCUUCAUUUAAACACAACAGAACAUUUUUGCAAUAUAUUUUUCAACACAGCCGAAGAAAUAGGUGUUGAUAUAAUAAAAGAUGUAAUUAAAAGUAGGAACACUUUGAACAUGUUGUAUGAUUCACUUAUACGAUUAGUAAAUUACAAAUUAAAUAUUGAUAGAAUUAUUAUCAUAUCAUUUCGAUAUUCUUCCUAUUUUACCAAAAAAUGGAAAGAAGUGUUUGAGCACUUUUUAAACAAGGGAACACAUGCAGAAAGUUACAUGCCAGUGAUACUUAGUAUUUACUUGAACAACUUGAUGGUGAUGUAUAAUGCAGGUUUGAAAAAACUUAGAAAAUAUUAUAUUAUAAAUAAGCAAUUUAAAAAGGGAAGGAAUAAAAAAAAUUGCGCACUUUUUGAAAAAAAUUGGAAGAGUUUUUGCAACGAAUCACUAAUUGAAGGAAUGGAACUGGAGAGCACAAUUUCAACCGACAGUGAUACUGUAUUGUUGAUGAAAAAAUAUUUGAAAAAAAAAAAAAAAAAAAAAAAAUUUACCCAUAGUGAUGAGUUAUUACAUAUGCGUCGUAUGACACAAAGUGAUGAAGGUACACAUCGUAAAUAUUACGAUGAAACUUUUUUUGAAAAAAAUGAUAAACAGGAUUAUAUCCGAAACAGUGAUGGUGAAAGUAGCUGUAGCUCUGUCGAUAAAAAUAUACUUGUACAUUCGAAAAAAAUUGAAAAUCUAUUUAAAAAAUAUCACGACAUAGGGAAAUAUAUUAUGAAUAUUAUAACAAUUAUACUGAGCCUUUUUAAAUACUUAAGUGACAAAGAAAAAUUUGAAAAAUAUUAUCGAAUUUUUAUGUGUAAAAGAUUAAUAAAUGAUAAGAAUUUUAAUAUAGUUCUGGACAUAAAAAUAUUUAAAACACUUAAAAAAGAAUGUGGUCCACAAUUUACCAAAAAAAUUGAAACUAUAUUGAAAGAUAUGAAAAUUUCAAGUAAAGGUAUGCAUGAAUUUUACAAGGAAUAUCCACACAACGGUAUAAGAUUACUGAAAAAGAAACAGUAUUCAGUUAACGUCAUAUUUAAUGAUGCAUGGGACUAUAACAAAAUAGAUAAUGAUAACAUUAUAUAUCCCCAAAUCAUAAAAUUAUGCAACGAUUAUUUUUGUAAAUAUUAUGCACAUGCUAAUAAAGCUAGAAAUAUUAAGUUUCUUCCAUUAUAUGGGCUAUGCACUUUGAAAGUGAAUUUUGAAAGAAUAAAAAAAAAAAAAUACUCAAAUUCGGACAACAACCCAUUAGCCAGCCAGGAUCCGUGUGAAGACAUUCUCCAAUCUGCAACAGGCUCGACACUGGAGAAGAAUGGUGAGCUCAUCGAAAAUUUAAAUUGUAACGCGCCCUCUUUGGAUAAAGAUGACCAUAACUAUAAUGAUAAUUAUAACAACAAGAAGAGGAAGUUCCACUUUACGGUUACCACACUGCAGGCCACUGUUUUGCUACUGUUUAAUGAAAAAUAUGAGUAUAGCACAUACGAACUAGCUAAUUUGACAAAUUUCCCAAAAAAUAAUUUAAUAGAGCAUUUACAAGCCAUAUACAAUGGUGAAGAUACGAACAUUUUGAUUUAUGAUAAAGUAAAUGAAAUAUUCAAAUUAAAUUUAUGCUUCAAGGCAAACAAUAAAUAUUUAAUAGUCAAUUAUUUAGACCAGACAUAUAUGGAUAACACUGCUAUACCUGCAUUAACACAGGAGGAUGAUGAAUUUGAGGACAGAAGUUUACACAUUGAUGCAGCUAUUGUGAAACUUUUAAAAUCAUGUGGAAAAUCAUCCGAGAGGGAAAUAUAUUCAUACGUACACCAAAAAGUUAACAGCAUUUCAAAUGAACAAAUUAAAAACAGAUUGACAUCCCUGCUAAAUAGGGAGUAUAUAUCCUUCCAAAAUAAUAGUUAUUUUUACGAGUUGUAA